GUUUAUUUGACUGGAUACAGACAUGGGAGCUGUUACGGAUGAUGAAGUUAUUCGUAAACGUCUUCUUAUCGACGGGGACGGAGCUGGCGAUGACCGCCGAAUCAAUGUGCUGCUAAAGAGUUUCACUAAAUGGUGCAACGCGCCUGGAACCCCAGAGGAAGGCUUUACGCAGUAUCAGAGGAUGUUGAGCACACUGGCCCAGUGCGAGUUCUCCAUGGGGAAGACGUUGAUGGUUUAUGACAUGAAUCUUCGGGAAAUGGAGAAUUAUGAGAAAAUUUACACUAACAUAGAACAAAACAUCACGUCAGCACAUGAGAAGAUAGCAGAAUGCAAAAAGGAAAUUCAGAGAGCAAAGAGAAUCCGAAAAAAUCGCCAAGAGUAUGACGCUUUAGCUAAGGUUAUUCAGCAACACCCAGACCGGCAUGAAACACUCAAACAGUUGGAGGCACUUGACAAAGAACUCCAGCAACUGUCUCACAUCAAAGAGAAUGUGGAUGCAAAGUUGGAGUUGAGGAAGAAGCAGUUCCAUGUGCUCCUCAGUACCAUUCAGGAACUACAGCAGACCCUUGAGAAUGACGAAAAAUCAGACAAUGACGACAACAAUCAGGAGAGCCCUGCAGAGAAUGGUGAAUGAAAACAUAGAGAUCCUGACUAGAAGAAAUUAAAUUGACCGCUUUUAAAUGAUUUGUUUUUGUCUAAGAAUGCUUUUUGUAUGUAUUUUUGAAUAAAGUUGGCUUGUUCCUGUC